AUGGCGUCUCCACGGGCUGGUAGCAAUGAGGGCUUCGAGAUAGACUCACUUCAGUCGACUUACGGCCGUGUUGUACCUCUCGUCCCUCCCAGUGAUGAGAAGAAGCCUGUUGAUCCCAGCAUGAGUGAAGCCAACAGCGACCCUUUGGAGGACCAUCGCCGCGACUCUCUCCCCCUAGCCUCAUACUCUCUAUGCCUUGUCGAAUUUGCCGAGCGUGCUUCCUACUAUGGCGCAAGGACCGUUUUCGCGAACUUCAUCGAAUUCCCCCUCCCCAAAGCGCAGGGGGGAAAUGGAGCUGGCGCGCCCCCACGAGGUACACAGAAGACUGCGGGUGCACUGGGUAUGGGCCUUCAGGCCAGCAGCUCUCUGAAUCUCCUCUUCAGUUUCCUGGCAUACGUUAUCCCCAUUUUAGGAGGCUGGUGGGCCGAUGUUCAUAUUGGAUGGUACAAAGCCAUUAUGGUGGGUGUUUUGAUCUGCGGUCUGGCGCAUAUAGUUCAGUUGGUGGGCGUCAUUCCCUCCGUGCUGCAGAAGGGAGCAUCGCAUGCGGCACCACCCUUCAUCGUCGACCUACUCUUUCUCGCCCUUGGCGCUGGAAUCUUCAAACCGAACAUUGCCCCAACGUGGCAGGUCUACAAGCAGUCUCCUUGUGGAUAUUCUGCUUCAACUUGUGAUGAAGUUGCCCCCAUCUCCAUCUGGUGGCAGCUCCCCGCCACCAUUCUUGGUGCGUUGAGCGAAUGUUUCUGCAAUGUGACCGCCUAUGAAGUUGCCUAUUCCCGGUCCCCGAAAAGCAUGAGGAGCACAGUGGUGGCCUCUUUUCUGUUUAUGUCCGCUCUCUCCAGUGCCCUUGAAGAGAGCCUCAUCCCAGUGACAAAGGAUCCCUGGCUUAUCUGGAUCUGGGCCGGGCUGGCUAUCGCGCUUAUUCUACAAAUCAUGAUCUUCUGGUAUCGCUUCCGUCACAUUAACAACGAGAGCUAUGCUACAACUACUGCCGAUGCGACUGAGGAGAAGGCUAAAGAUGGAACAUCCGUCUAG